GGGAAGAGAUUCAGUCAGCUUGGAAGUAUGAAGAUUCACAUGUUAGUACAUUCGGGUAAUAAACCUCACGAGUGUCCAGAGUGCGGGAAGAGGUUCAGUCAGCUUGGAAGUAUGAAGACUCACAUUAUAGUACAUUCAAGUGAUCGACCUCAUGAGUGUCCAAAGUGUGGGAAGGGAUUUAGUCUUUUUCGAAAUAUGAAGACUCACAUGCUAGUGCAUUCGAGUGAUCGACCUCAUAAGUGUCCAGAGUGUGGGAAGACAUUCAGUCUGCUUGGAAAUAUGAAGUCUCACAUGUUAGUGCAUUCAAGUGAUCGACCUCAUGAGUGUCCAGAGUGUGGGAAGAAGUUCAGUCACCUUGGAAGUAUGAAGACUCACAGGAUGGUGCAUGCAGAUGAAAGACCCUAUGAAUGUGCAGAGUGUGGCAAAAAAUUUAGGAAACGUGCAACUAUAAUAAGUCACAUGUUAGUUCAUUCAGGUGAUAAGCCUUAUGAGUGUCCAAAAUGUUUGAAGAGAUUCACUCAGCUUGGAAGUAUGAAGACUCACAUGUUAGUGCAUUCGGGUGACAAACCUCAUGAGUGUCAAGAGUGUGGCAAGAGGUUCAGGCAACUUGGACACGUGAAGACUCACAUGUUAGUGCAUUCAGGUGAUAAACCUCAUGAGUGUCCAGAGUGUGGGAAGAGGUUCAAUCAUCGUGUAAGUAUGAAGAGGCACAAGCUGAUGCAUUCAGGUGAUAUGCUAAAAGCUUUGAAUGUGGGAGAUGACUCAUAGAAUGAUAAAGUAUAAUGAGGCACAUGUUGGUGCAUUAACUUACUUUUAAUUCAAUAUACAAUUAUGGAGCUUCAUUAUAAAAUUAUUGUGCUAUCACCAUGUUGGUUGGAUAUCUUACAGAGGUAAUUACUUUUUGAGAAAUACGCUUCACCAUGAAAGGUAAAGAUCUAAUGACAUUUUACUAUUUUGUUCUUUUAUGGAAAUUAUUUGGUCGUCAUAGAUCAUGCAAGAGCUGGUUUAGUUUAGUUCAUUUAUUAUGCACCCCAUACCCAUCUUGUGGGCGGUAGUGGAAAGGGUUACAGAGGCACAUAAUGGGCUUAGGGACUGAACCCCACAAUUCAUUUAGCUAAGCAAGUUACAA